UUUGAAUGAACGUGGGACCGCUGUGCUCGUCACUCGCGCGUAUGCUGGCUGAGUAGAAGCUACAGAACCGAACUCGACCCGCUUAUAAAGUUUCUGCCUCUGGAAAAAAACACUGAAACCAUGGAAACGAUUUUAGAGCAGCAGCGUCGCUACCACGAGGAGAUGGAGAGGCUGAUGGACGCCAAAUCAAAGGAGAUGCUGCACAAGAAAACGACGUUACGCGACCAGAUUAAUUCCGACCACCGAAUACGAGCCAUGCUGGACAGGUAUAUGGAAGUGAGUGGAAAUCUUAGGGACUCGUAUGAAGACAAAGACGGUAUGCGAAAAGAAGAGCUGAGUGCGAUAUCGGGGCCAAACGAGUUUGCUGAAUUCUACAACCGGCUGAAACAGAUCAAGGAAUUCCACAGGAAACAUCCUAAUGAGAUCUGUGUGCCCAUGUCAGUGGAGUUUGAGGAGCUGAUGAAGGCCAGAGACAACCCCAGCGAGGAAGCACAGAAUCUAGUAGAAUUCACUGAUGAAGAAGGAUAUGGUCGCUAUCUAGAUCUCCAUGACUGUUACCUCAAGUACAUCAACCUGAAGGGAGCAGAGAAACUGGAGUACAUCUCCUAUUUGUCGUCGUUUGAUCAGCUCUUCGAUAUCUCCAAAGAUAGAAAGAACGCUGAGUACAAAAGGUAUCUGGAGAUGUUGCUGGAGUACCUGCAGGAUUACACUGACCGAGUGAAGCCACUGCUGGACCAGAAUGAGCUGUAUGGAAAAGUUCUGGCUGAGUUCGAGAAGAAGUGGGAGAACGGGACCUUCCCUGGUUGGCCGAAAGAGGCGAGCAGUGCUCUGACUCACGCUGGAGCUCAUCUGGACCUGUCUGCCUUCUCUUCCUGGGAGGAGUUGGCAUCUCUGGGACUGGACAGGUUAAAGUCUGCCCUCAUGGCUCUGGGAUUGAAGUGUGGAGGCACACUGGAGGAGAGAGCACAGAGACUGUUCAGCACUAAAGGCAAAUCUCUGGAGUUGCUGGAUCCGUCUCUGUUUGCCAAAAACCCCAAAGCCAAGGGACCAAAGAAGGACACGGAACGAAACAAGGAGAUCGCUUUCCUGGAGGCACAGAUUUAUGAAUAUGUGGAGAUCUUGGGGGAGCAGAGGCAGCUGACCCAUGAGAACGUUCAGAGGAAGCAGGCUCGCACGGGCGAGGAGCGCGAAGAGGACGAUGAGGAGCAGCCCAGUGAGAGCGAGAGUGAAGACGAGGACAACGAGAUCAUCUACAACCCCAAAAACCUGCCGCUGGGCUGGGAUGGCAAGCCCAUUCCAUACUGGCUGUACAAACUUCAUGGUCUGAAUAUCAACUACAACUGUGAAAUCUGUGGAAACUACACAUACAGAGGACCUAAAGCCUUCCAGAGACACUUUGCAGAAUGGAGACAUGCGCACGGCAUGCGCUGCUUGGGCAUCCCCAACACAGCCCACUUCGCCAACGUCACCCAGAUCGAGGACGCAGUGUCCCUCUGGUCAAAGCUCAAGUCACAGAAGGCAUCAGAGCGAUGGCAGCCAGACACAGAGGAAGAGUAUGAGGACUCCAGUGGAAACGUGGUCAACAAGAAGACCUAUGAGGAUCUGAAACGGCAGGGUCUGCUUUAAGACCCUGAAAUGAAGCCCGAUAAGACAAGUUCACCACCCAACCUGAAGCAUGAGAUUUGCUUAGGAUCCGAGUCUGUUUCCUCUCGUCUUUUUAUUUUUGGACUUCAGCCAUUCAUAUGUGUCUUUUUGAAAAUAGUAGAUUUGUAUGUUUUUAUUAUUUGAGCAUUCCCCAUUAAGCCCUGCUCUGUGACAAGAGACAAAUGUGGAUUUCAAUAUUCAAUAAAUCUGAGAACAUUUGG